AUGAGCCUACCUAUGAGCCUUUAUAGCACAGUGAGAUACUGGGCAAACUUGAAACUUUGGUUUAAGCAAAAGAUCAGCAAAGAAGAGUUUGACCUAGAAGCUCGCAGACUUCUUACACAAGAUAAUGUCCAUUCUCACAAUGACUUCCUCUUGGCUAUUCUGACCCGAUGCCAAAUCAUGGUUUCUGCACCAGAAGGUACUGGAUCUUUGCCAUGGACUGGGGGUUCUGUGACAAAACCUGGAAAACCAAAAGGAAAGAAGAAGAUGUCUUCUGUUCGGCAGAAGUUUGAUCACCGGUUUCAACCUCAGAACCCAUUGUCUGGGGCACAGCAAUUUGUAGCAAAGGACCCUCAAGAGGAUGAUGAUCUGAAGCUAUGUUCCCACACCAUGAUGCUUCCUACUCGGGGCCAGCUGGAAGGGAGGAUGAUAGUAACUGCAUACGAACAUGGGCUGGACAACGUUACCGAAGAGGCAGUGACAGCUGUUAUUUAUGCUGUGGAGAACCACCUUAAGGAUAUUCUGAUAUCUGUGAUAUCCAGGAGGAAAGCCUAUCGUCUGAGAGAUGGUCAUUUCAGAUAUGCCUUUGGAAGCAAUGUUAACCCUCAGCCAUACCUGAAGAACAGUGUUGUUGCUUACAAUAAUUUAAUUGAAUGUCCUCCCACUUGCGUGGCACCUUCUGCUGGUCAGAACCUAGCUCCCCAACCUCCUCCUGAUGAUGCUGAGCAGCAGGCAGCUCUUCUCUUAGCAUGUUCAGGAGACACUUUACCAAUGAGUCUCCCUCCAGUGAAUAUGUACGACCUUUUUGAGGCACUACAGGUGCACAGGGAAGCUGUUCCUGCACAUACCGUCUAUGCUCUGAACAUUGAGAGAAUCAUCAUGAAACUUUGGCACCCAAAUCAUGAGGAGCUGCAGCAAGACAAAAUCCAUCGCCAGCGCCUGGCAGCAAAGGAAGGGCUUCUGAUAUGCUAG